AUGGCGGAAUCCAAAUCAUCGCCCGUUUUUGAUGCUCAGAAGGUCACUGUAAUUUAUGUCCUGGGUGGACCUGGAGCUGGCAAUGUCAUAGGGAAGGGCACACAAUGUAGCAAGCUCGUCGACGCGUUCGGCUUCUGCCAUCUAUCUGCUGGAGAUCUUUUGCGUGAAGAACAGAACCGAGAUGGGUCCCAAUAUGGUGAACUGAUCCGAACCUGCAUUCGAGAGGGUACUAUCGUCCCAUCUCAUGUCACCAUCAAGCUUCUUGAGAAUGCCAUGACUGAAGAGGUGAAGAAGAGGACGGGAGAUGGGUGGACGGAUGGCAGGGGUCGAUUUUUGAUCGAUGGUUUCCCUCGGAAGUUGGAUCAGGCUGUUGGAUUCGAUGAAACAGUAUGCCUUGCUUCAUUGGUCAUCUUCUUCGACACAACCGAAGAUGUGAUGCUUGAACGCCUGCUGGAGCGCGCAAAAACUAGUGGACGUGAAGACGACAACGUUGAAACUAUUAGAAAGCGUUUCCGCACAUACAAUGAGCAAACCAUGCCAGUCAUAGAAUAUUACAAGACGCUGGACAAGGUUGCAGAGAUCGAUAGUACGGUAUCGGUUGAGCAAGUCUAUCGUGUGGCGUCUGCCACUGUUAGCAAGUUGUUUUCUUGAGUUAUACCUAGAAUACCUCCUUAGACACGGAAAUCUCAAUACCUUUUGUUUGCGACUUCAAGGGCCGUUGGGAUGGGGAUCACCAGCACCCUCAAGAAAACUGGAACCUACUAGGGUUUAUUGACACUAAAUACUCUCGGGCAACGCACUGGUUUCAGUUGCCCUGCGUGU